AUGCUGGCAGAUCAACAACUUCCGUGCUUGAAAGUUCUCGUUGUGCUGGAUUGGGUUGCCCAAAAGCUGCAUGAGUCCUUCUCGCACACAAGAGAAAAUUUCAAUCUGUGGAAGGACAUCCUCGUAGCCAAAGGAUUCCAAGGUCAGACGUCGCACGAGUGGUUCAGGUCCUCUAAUUACUACAGCCUCCUGCAUCCCAUCAUGGACAUGAGCAGGAUUUGCACGCACUUCAUGGAGUUUAUUCACGCCAUUGUCAUGGUUCAUGGCGAAAGGUGUCUCUAUCCCGAGUUGCGUGAUGCUAUCGGUGCCUCCAUGCUCUGGCUUGUCAAAGUUUCCCAAGAGGCCCACAAGAUCCAGCUGGCUGGUAUUUAUCACUCGCGCUAUGCGCUGUAUGAGGUGUCAACGGAUGUUCUGCGGCAUAUGCUACCUCCGGUAGAGGUUCUGCACUAUGCCGCCAAGUUUGCAGAUGCGUUCUCCGAGGUGCGAAUCAUUCUGGACCAGUUGGCGGACAAGCGUGACGGGACGCGCGGAGUUUCGUUACCAGUGGCUGGGCCGUCUCGAACGGAGGACGACGGUGGUGCAUUUUCGGACAUGACUUUCAUCGUCCGAAAUUUGACAUCUUCGUGGCACUUGGACCAUGCUUUGCUUGCAUCAUUGGUUCGGCUUUGGCCUUCAGAAGGGCACGUCGAAGCAGGCCAAUGCCAUACUACCAUUGCCGACUUCGGAGCCGGAGGCGGGCACUACUGCAACUUCCUGAAUAAGACCGGAGAGUAUUGCUGCCACGCCUUUGAUGGGUCGCCGCGUGCAGCGUACUACACCAGCGGAUUGGUUCAAACCCAGAGGCUCGACGAGCCCUUCGACCUUGGAAGGCACUUCGACUGGGUGAUUUGCCUCGAGGUCAUGGAGCACAUUCCGGCUUCUCACGAGGCCAUUGCCCUUGCCAACCUAAGACGCCAUGCGACCAAGGGAAUGGUGUUGUCGUGGUCUCAGCAUGGAGGGGCGAACCAUGUCAAUGCAAGGGACUGGACCAGUUCCCAGAAAGUUGUGGAGGCCUGGGUGAGCGAUUGA